UCAAAAUAAUAUAAAAUGCCGUCACACGAAACUCUAUCAGUGGUUCUCGAUUCAGGGUCUUCGUCUACUAAAGCUGGAUUUGCUGGAGAAUCCUUUCCUCGAUGUGUAAUACCAACAACGGUUGGAAGGUUUCGACAACACGGUCUCAUUGAUGGGACCCCUGAUGUAUAUUUUGGGACUGACGCGAUAAAGAAGAGAGGGAUAUCAAAAUUGGCAUGGCCUGUCAAAGAUGGUGUGAUAGACAAUUGGGAUGAAAUGGAAAAACUAUGGCAUCACAUAUUUUACAGAGAACUUCAUGUUCCUCCAGAAGAAUCUCAGAUAAUGAUUGCUAUUCACCCACUCACUACUAGAAAAGACAAAAAAAGAAUGGCAGAAAUACUUUUCGAGUCUUUUACGAUUCACGAUUUGUACUUGGCAGUAUCUACUUCAUUAGUAUUACAUGCCAGCGGUAGAACUUCGGGAGUUGUCUGGGAAAAUGGUCACUCAUGCUCAUAUGCUUCGCCAGUUUUUGAAGGAUUCCCUUUAAAACAUGCAACUGUCUGUUCCAAAAUAAAUGGAAACAUUUUGACAGAUCGCCUUCAGAACCUCCUCGGUCAGAUCGGAUAUUCUUUUACAACUCCAAUUGAGAGAGACAUUUUGGAAAAAAUUAAGAGCGGAUUAUGUUAUGUAGCAACAGAUUAUAAUAAAGCUUCAACUACGUCCAAAAUUUCUAAAGAAAGUGUCCCUUUCAAUCUUCCGGAUGGACAGCAUGUAUUGAUUGGUUCAGAAGCCUUUGAUUGCCCUGAGUUACUUUUUCAGCCAAAUUUACAAGGACUCGAUUGUCCUAAUGUAACGGAUGUUAUUUGCUCAAGUAUUUACAAGUGUGAUUUGGAGUAUAAAUCUCUUUUCUUCGAUAAUAUAGUAUUAUCAGGUGGUUCCAGUAUGAUCAAAGGGCUACCAGAACGUUUGACCGUCGAAUUGACUAGAAGAGUAAUUGAUUUGCCAGGAAUAAAGGCGAAUGUCGUUGCAAUGCCUUCCAGGAACUUAGGAGCUUGGAUUGGCGGAUCUAUUUUAGCAUCACUCGAAUCUGCAAAAGGCUUUUGGAUGACAAAAGAUGAAUAUGAGGAUGGUGGAGCAGAAAGAGUUCUUUAUAAAUUUUAUUAA